AUGUCAUCACGCAGUCGGUUAACGGUAAGUGACAUAAUAUCGUAUUUAGAAGAUGAUGAUGAUGUGCUGGAAGCUGACGUGUAUGUAACUCCCCCCGAAAAUUUUGAUAAAAGUGACGAAGAUAGUGGUAAUGAAGAAUCUACUGAUAUCAACUGCUUGUCUCGACACCAGUUAUUGGCAGAAGCAGAACUUAGGGCCAAGGUUUCAGUAGAGGGACGGAUAGAAGAAAUAGAGCACCAAGAAUUCCAAGAAGACCCCAUUCCAACUAAGUUACAUGACCCACCUCCUAAAAAAAAUACAGAACAGAAUGCAAAGCAGAAAGGUCACGUAAAUUUCAAAGUUGGUUCUGAUGAAAUCAAGCGGUUUAUAGGUAUUCUGUUAUUGUCUGGCUACAAUGGAGUUGCUCGAUAUAGAAUGUAUUGGGAGCAAAGUAUUGACUGUCAUCAUCCUGGCGUUGCAGCUUGUAUGUCAAGAAAUAGAUUUGAAGAACUAUUGCGAAUUUACCACGCAUGCGAUAACACCAACAUUCAGCCAGGAGACAAAUUUUGUAAAGUACGUCCGUUGUGGGAACUUCUCAAUCGAAAAUGGCUCAAAUAUUAUCCAGGCGAUAGAAAUUUGAGUAUAGACGAAUCAAUGAUCCCGUAUUUUGGAAAACAUCCUACUAAACAACACAUUCAUGGUAAGCCUAUUAGAUUCGGCUACAAAGUAUGGGCCAUUUGUACUCGAUUAGGGUACCUAAUUUAUGGAGAACCAUAUCAAGGAGCUAGCACCGGCAACACACAUCCAUCCUUUGGAGUCGGUGGAUCUGUAGUACUUGAUCUGAUAUCGAAACUUCCACCAGGUAAAUACAGCUUUUAUAUGGACAACUUUUUCACCUCAAUACCUCUGUUGUCUGAAAUAAAAUCCUUAGGACAUGAUGCUACGGGAACUAUCCGUGGUAACAGAGUAGAGAAUGCGCCGCUAAAAGAUGUGAAAUGAAAAGAGGCUCAUACAACCAAAUCACAGAUGUGUCAUCAGAUAUAACCUUAGUAAGAUACAACG